AUGGCAUACAAAUUACUAGUUACAUUCAUAAUACCCCUAGUCCCCGCAACAGCAACAUGCUACUGGCCCGACGGCAGCGUUGCAAAGACCAACACCCCCUGCUCCUCGGGCCCUAAUGCCUCCUGCUGCGGUAGUCACAACAUCUGCCUGUCCAAUAAUCUCUGCCUUGAUGCCCUCGUGCAACCAUACGUACUCUCCCGAGGCGGCUGUACAGAUCCAAACUGGGAGUCCGACGAAUGCCCUUCUGUUUGUCGAAAUGUGUCAACCAGUUCAGCCGUAUCGCUAGUCACCCUGGGAAAGGGCUCAAACGGCGCUGUGUCGUACUGCUGCGGCGUGCCCGUCAGCAACGGGCGUGAUGUUGUGUGUGGCGACGGGCACAGCGUUCAGGUCACAGACGGAGAAAUCAUUGCUGGAUACGCAGCUUUGGCAAACGUGUCCUCGCUGGAUGGUGGAAACAGUUCUGCCUCGUCAACCUCCAGCAAUUCAAGUGCGGAUACGUCAACACACUCGUCGCAUGAGGUGGCGGUUGGUGUGGGAGUCGGGGUGCCAUUGGCGGUCAUUGCACUGGCCUCGAUUGUCUGGGCUAUAUGGGAGAGGAGGACGCGAAUGCAGCAUGUUAAAGACGCAAUGGCGUCGGCUACGAUGAACGGCGGCCAAGUUCAUCCAUAUGCAGAAAAGUACCCAGGUGUCGGUGUUCCGCCGCACCAUCCAGCAGAGUUGACAGCCGAGUCUCAGACGCAUGAAUUACAGUCGUGA